AUGCGAGAAAAGGAGACCCUGAAGAUGUACUCGGAUAGAUACUGGGAGAUGUUCAAUGAAAUAGAUGGGGAUUUUGAUGACAUAGCCAUAAGGACUUUCAAGGUCGGCCUACCUGCCGAGCAUGGCUUAAGGAAAUCUUUGACCAGGAAACCCAUUAACAGUGUGUGCCAACUCAUGGGCCGAAUUGAUAAGUAUAAGCGGGUCAAGGAUGACCAACAACAAGGGAAGGGGAAGGCUAAGGUUAUCCAUCAAGAGAAGAGGGAUUUCAAGAGGGACCACUACAACAAUAACCGGCCUCACAGGGACUUUGCUGGGAAAUUAGUGUCUACCACUACUCAAAUGGUUAACAUGGUGUUCCGAGAAUCAGUACACCAAGUUUUGGAGAAAAUCAAGAACGAGUCAUUCUUUAAGUGGCCAAAUAAGAUGAGAGGUGACCCUAUGAAACGCAAUCAAAACCUUCAUUGCCAAUACCACUAG